UCGUCUGGACUGGUUCCUCCACCUGGCUCGUGCACUCGGUUCUUCCACCCGACUUCCAAACAUUCUCAAGAAUACGUGUGUUGACUUGUGAGCAUUGCGAAAAAGCGCGGUCCUCUCGAAGGCGUGCACGGCUGCAUGACGCUGGCUUCUGCACCGCGUGGCGUAAUGCUCGACAGAGUCCGUGCGAAAGCUGCGUUGGACGGAAUUGCUCGCGAGCGCUAGCCAGGAUGCCGGCGCUGCCCUCCGUAACCCCCGCCCCCCCCGGCCGCCCCACUGCACCCUUCCGCGCGGCGCCGAGGCCUCAGGAGUCCUCCGGCCGCUCGUGGGUGUGGCUUCUGGCCCCCUUUCUAUUUGCGCUGACUCUCGCCACGCCCCCCUGCUGUGCUCAGGUGUACACCGUCCUGCUGCACGUCGACGAAGACGACUCGCGAGGUGAGACGGCGACCCGUGGCGCGGCGACAGGCUCCUCGAGGCCGCGGCGCACCCGCCCCGCCCUUCCUCGCAGGACCUUUGUCUCUCCCCUGUCCCCUUGCUAUGCCUUAGUCUUCUUGUAA